CAGCACUCCUGCGCUUACACAGUAUGGCCGGCGAUAUUAGCUAGCGCUCGCUCAAUGGUAUUCUCUGAAUAAGGGAAGACGGUGAAAUCAAGAAAAAGACAACCGGAUUGCUAAAGGACUGACGUAAAUAAUUAAGUUAUCAAUAUUAAGUAACGAUUAAUUAAAGUAAACAGAGCCCAACCUAUUGAUUUCUGUUGUUGGUGUUUCUUGCCUCACGAUGGAGGAGAACGGUGCACACUUCUUUGAAGGGACAGAGAAGCUGCUGGAGGUGUGGUUUUCCCGGCAAGAUGAGACCAAAGGAACGGGGGACCUCCGUGAUAUCCCAAGGUUUGAGUGGGACAAACUUUUGGAGAAUGUGCAUUGUUUGAUCAUAAGUGUGACAAAAACUGACAGGCAGGAAGCUUAUGUACUCAGUGAGAGUAGCAUGUUUGUCUCCAAGAGACGUUUCAUUUUGAAGACCUGUGGUGCCACCCUCUUACUGCAAGCACUGGUUCCACUGUUGGAGCUCGCCAGGGAAUACAGUGGAUUUGAUGCCAUUGAGAAUUUCUUCUAUUCCCGCAAGAACUUUAUGAAGCCGGCCCAUCAAGAAUACCCUCACAGGAACUUUCAAGAAGAAGUGGAGUUUCUGAGCGAGAUUUUCCCAAAUGGGGCGGCCUACUGUAUGGGACGUAUGAAUUCUGAUUGCUGGUACCUGUUCACUCUGGAUGUUCCAGAGAAUCAGGAACACAAGCAGCUGGCAGACCAGACAUUAGAAGUCUUGAUGAGCGAUCUUGACCCAGCGGUUAUGGACCAGUUCUUUAUGAAAGACGGCGUUACUGCAAAGGAUGUCACUCGUAUGAGUGGAAUACGUGACCUGAUACCAGGUUCUGUGAUCGAUGCCACAAUGUUCAACCCUUGUGGUUAUUCUAUGAAUGGGAUGAAAACUGAUGGAACUUACUGGACGAUCCACAUCACUCCAGAGCCAGAGUUCUCUUAUGUUAGCUUUGAAACCAACCUCUCUCAGGAAUCCUAUGACGAUCUGAUCAGGAAAGUUGUGGAUGUCUUCAAGCCAGGGAAAUUUGUGACAACCAUGUUUGUGAAUCAGAACUCCAAAUGUCGCAGUGUCUUUUCUUCCGCCCAGAAACUCGAAGGUUUCAAGCGCCUCGAUCGCCAGUUGGCCCAAUUCAAUGAUUACAACUUUGUUUUUACCAGUUACACCAAGACUCGUCAGCAGAACCAGCAGAGUUGAACAAAGAACAUGAAGAAGAAACGCAAGAAGAAAGCCUGCAGUGUGGGCCUGGGCAGCCCACUAGAUGCAUGUAGUACCGAGGGCCGCUGGGAGAGCCGUUCACAUUCCUUUGGCCCUCGGAGUUACACCAAUUCUAGUUUAACCUCCAAUUUGAAUUGUAUGCGUUAUUGUUACACUGACUUAGAUAUCUUGCAUGAAUGCUCUUGUCUCUGUUUAGGUAUGUUAGCUCACUCUUGCUGUGAACUUGAAGUGCAUGUAGAGAAAUUUAACUUUUACUGUAUGAGGCUUUCCAGCACUCUGAAGAGCUCUAGCUGCAGGCUGGCGUGCUCCGCAGCCUUCCUCCCCACGUCACCCCAGAUCCCCCACAGACAAGGCUUCCGCGCUCACUAGGCAAGACCCUGGCAUGCUCAGAUUGCCUGUUUGCAUUCUAUUGGUUUUCACAAAUGUAUGUACACUGGCCCCUAUUUUUAGAGGUGACUAAGGAUUUGGUUGCGGUUUAAACAGGCUUGCUAAUGUCUAAAGAAAUUAAAAUAUAUACCAGAUUAAAAUUAAGUUGUAAGUAAAUACCUAUAGGUUUUCUGUUUAUGAAACAGAUUUAAAAUGACUGUUCACAAAUUUAGGGUUACAGAAUCUCUUUACACCUGAAUGACUUAACUUGAGUCGGAUAUGAAAAAAAGGGUCAACUGUAUGUACAAUAGUAUGUUUGUAUUGUCUGGUGUUUUUAUAGCACUAUUCUCUUUACCCAGGAAAUCUAUUUUUCACAUAUGUGGAAUAAAAAAAUAUGUUCUCAAAUAAAUGACAAGCAUAUGUACAGUUACUACAUUUAAAUGCUGUCUAGAAAAUCCGUCUUGCUUGGUAAAAUUGAAAGCUUCUAACCCAUUUUAACGUUCUUGCUCAGAUUUUUCAAAUUAAUCUCAUUCAUUUAAUUAAAAUAAGCAUAUAGACUGCUGAGUCUCCAACUAGCGAGCUAUCUGUGUAAAUUACAAAUGUAUUUAUUUUUAAAUCCCACAAAACACUGAUGUAGGGUUUAUUCCCAUCUUGAGUAACAACCCAAGUCCCAACACUUGUCUCUAGGAUUCCAACCUCCCUGUUCCCCAUUUUUUUAUAAACUUGGCAAACAGAGAAGAUCUGAAAAGAGAACAUAGAAUUCUUUCCUUGCCCCUCGGAGGUUCCACAAUGCAGAUUCUUCUGAAUCAUGUAAUGUCUAAUAUUCUUUAUACAGUAUGGUGUGAUAGUUGCUGUGAGUGUGAUUCGCUACAUUCUAGUAGGGUUGAGUGGGUUGCCUUGGCCAGGCUUUCUUUGGUGGGUGUGGAGUCCCUUCUCUUUUGUUGAGCGUUUCUGCCAGGACUUGCAAUGUGGACCUAGUAUCUUGGAUGCCCCAGCUUGUGGUUGUGAUUUUCCAAGAGGGAUAGGAAAAGUGCUGUAUUGGCUAGAGAUUGGAGUGAGGCCUGUAAACUGGCAGCAGAGUGACACAAGUGUCCAAUUGUCUAAGUUGCCAUUAAGUAAGUGAGUUGUAGCAGUCUGGAGGGAAAUGCCCAUUCAUCAAUACACUAUGUGCUGCUAGUGUGUUUUGAUUCACAUGAUUAUUCAUAAUGAUUGUAAGAUUAUUUUUCAAAGGUUUGCAUAUCUGUCCUAUUUCAAAUCAACUUUUAGCAAAUGAGGAAAAAACAUUGAGUCCAGAUGUAUUACAUUGCAACUUGGCAGCCGUAUGAUACAGGUGUGCCAAGGAAAUACUAGUGAAAACUGAUGCAUUAGCAGGGUGGUAAAGCUGAACAAAGCUGUACACAUCAUCCAGCGUGACUCCCUUUCUUUUGAAGUAGCGAUUUGAGACAGUCGGAUUGCCAGAGGAUGAUGCUUUGACACUGCGCGUCCCCCCACAUGUGUGAGUGAAAUGAAUGAAAGUAAUGAAUCAGACUCUUUGCUUAGUAAAGUGGGUUGCCCAGCAAAGCAUUUUAUUUUUGGAACAAUACUUUUUGUAGAGAAAUUGGUAACCAGACAAUACACACCCCAAUCUGAGCGUGCCAGGGUCAUCCCGGAUCAUUCUACAUUUAACGGUUGCAUAAACUACCAUGUCUUUUAUUUUUUCUGUUUUUAUUGUGAGUAGACAUUCUGCUUGCUUUGAUCCAAAAUGUGACUUCAUUGCAGUUUUUGGAGCAGGAUCAAAGCCCUUUGUAUAGUGUUGGAAACAUCCUGUGACAUCGUGGUGCAUGUGACUUCAGUGCUGUAUUACUUGACAGUGUUUUGUCUAGCAUUCUGUUCCUCCUAUACAAGUUCCUAUGGUAAAUCUUGUUCCUAAUGUUUUAAUAGCUGUUAAGAUCAUAAGGGAUUGAGUCAUCUUGUUAGAACAGAAAUUUAAAGUAGUAAUGGUAAUGUCUCUCUAGGUGAUGGAAAGUGCUUGAAAACUGUAUAUCUAUAUAACUAAGUGUAAUGUAGUGUUUAAAGAGAGUCAUAUAAAAUCCAUGACUUUGGGCUAUGUUCUAAAUAAUAUAAAAUUAUUGGGAGCAGUAAUGAAAGAUCUCUGGCUCCUUGAAGAGCAAUGGCUACAGAUUUUAAUGUGAUGGACAAAUCGCUUCACAUUUCCCAUGCUGUCUAGCCAGUCCACAUUGCCCCUGUCCUCUAGCCAGUCCACAUAGCCCCUGUCCUCUAGCCAGUCCACAUAGCCCCUGUCCUCUAGCCAGUCCACAUAGCCCCUGUCCUCUAGCCAGUCCACAUAGCCCCUGUCCUCUAGCCAGUCCACAUAGCCCCUGUCCUCUAGCCAGUCCACAUUGCCCCUGUCCUCUCCCCUGCUACAUGCAAAGUUGUGAAUUUAAAAUGGACAAAGUGCUCCGAGUCUGCAGUAUAUGUUGAAGUGCCUAGUCCGAGACGCACUUGUUUUAAAUGGGAGUGGGGAGAGACUACACACUUUAAGCACUACAGAUAUUACAAUAAAAAGGGAGUUUCUUUGUUUGCCAGGUGUCAGAUUCUUUACUUUUUGGUUUCUGUGUUUUUGUUCUAAGAGCCUUGUUUGGAAUGACUUAUGGAAUAUUUCUUGGAGGUUACGAACAAGGAUAUGGAAAGCAGAAGUAUUUAAUUUUGUAUUGAAGGUACUAGUUGAUAACCAGGGAUUCAAAUAACUGCCCGCUCCCCAUAAAAUAAAGCACUUCUUUAAAUACAACUGUGUUUGAAACAAAGACCAUUGAAAAUUAAACUCCUCCACUACCAGCAAAUUGAAUUGUACAUUUAAAUUUGCUUUUUGGCACUAUUGGUUUCUAGAUUCCACAAAGACCAACUUCUUUUGCUGUCCUUGCUGGGUGAACAUUUUAAAACUAAAAAAAUUAAAAAAAAGAGUUAUUUGAACCCCUGCAUAAACCGGUUCAAACAGCUCACUUUUAAUAUGCUGCAACCACGCUGAAUAGGAGCACUGAUUGCAUGAAAUGACUGGUUCAGAAUAUUGGCAUCCGCACUCUCCAAAUAUCAUUAGAGAUGACUGGUUUUGGAAUGUAGCAUUGUUUUAUUCCUAAAGCUAAAUGCUCCUUGACAAAAGAGUCAUUUUUGUUUAACGUCAUUAAAUCUAUGUUGGGUUGGUUUGGAACAUUGUGUUUUGCUUUUUAUACAAACAAAAAUACUGUAGUUCAGAGAACUGCAGAUGAAGCUGAUGUUUCUAUUGUAAACAGACUUCACUUUUCUAUUGAAAAUGGGUACUAUAUAGCACUGUACAUUAUGAGAGGUACUUUUUUUCCACUGAGGACCAAUUUAGCUUGUUCUAUAUUUGUUUUGUUAAUGCAGUGUUCCAAAUGAUUUAAUAUAUAUAUAUAUAUAUAUAUAUAUAUAUAUAUAUAUAUAUAUAUAUAUAUAUAUAUAUAUAUAUAUAUAUAUAUAAUUUAAUGGGUUGAUUGCUGGUGUUAAGAAUGGAGGGAAGUUUACCAAAAAGGAAGAACAAAAAUACACGAAACCAUGUUGAAAUAAGGAAAAAAAUGUUAGAUGCAUUGUUUUCUAGAACUGUAGGGAGGAUGUAAAUAAUAUUGCGAGCCUCAUAAAGGAAGACUGGUGGCAUUGCGCUGGCAUUACAUCUGGACGUUUCUGAAGGGAAGUGUUUGUUCUUUUCAUUCUCUUUUUGCUGUUCCUUUUGAAUCGGUCGAGAUGUGCUAAAAAAAAAACUAAAAAAAAACUAUCUGUACCACGAGCUUGAUGCUUUAAUAAAAACACGUUUGCUCUUUCAA